AUGGAAAAAAAUCACAAUAUCCUUAAGUAUGGUAAUGGCUUUAAUGUGAGCAAAGAAUUGAAGUCUUAUAUGUUGAAAGUGAUGAAUGAAUAUAAAAAUCAUUUUGAAAAGGCAUUAAUUAAAAACAGAAAUUUAGAAGAUAAUAUAAAUUUAGUUAAGGAUAUAAUAAUAGAUGAAGAAAGUAGUUAUAAUGAAGAUAUCUUCUUAAAAAUACAAAAAAAGUUUUAUUUAUACGAUAUUUUCAAUUUGUCAUUUUUAUUUCCUAUGAAAAUUUUGAAUAAAAAUGGAAAAACAUUAAUUCAGUUAAUAUUAGAAGAUACCAACCAAAAUGAAUUAGAAGUUAUAAAUGCUAUUCUAAAGAAUAUAGAACAAAAUGAAUUAGAUAAAUUAAAUUUUUUCUAUAUAGAAAAUAUAAUAUUUGAAUUAUUAGAUGAAAUAAUUAGACAAAUAACUGUUGAAUGCCCCCAACGCGGUUUUGCCUUAAUUUUAAUUAACAACGAAUUAAAAAAAAAUAUUAAUUACUACAAAAAUUUAAUAAAAAUUAUUGAGCAUAAUAAUGAUAUGAAUAAUGAGAAAUUUAAAGAAAUGCAAAAUCAGCAUAAAUCAUUAUUGGAGCAUUUAUCUAAAGAAGAAAAAAUAUUAAAAGAAAAAUUAAUAGAUUUACAGGAUGAGCUUGAAAUUUUAAAAAAUGAAAAUAAAAAGAAAUUGCAAGAGAAUAAGAAUAAAAAGGAAAUACAGUAUGAUUUGUUAAAGCAUAAUGAAUCAUUAUUAGAGAAAAUUAAGGAAAUAUACGAUAAAAAUGGAGAAAUAUGA